CUUCUCACUUCUCAGACUUGCUAAAGAUCUUCUCUUUCUUACAUUCUCUCUCUUCUCUCUCUCUCUCUCUCUACCACCACCCCUUAAUUAUCAAAAUAUUUCGAUUAAACGGCAAAAAAUCACCAAAAUUUCCCUUCCCAUUUUCCCACUCUCACCAUUUCAACCUCCUAAUCUGCAAAAUUUCUUCCUCAACAAAUCACCUCUGCAUACUCAACCAGGGAAUGGUGAAUUACGAUAUUUUAAAACUUGAUUGGUAGCAUGUUUUGGCUUGAUGUUGGAUAAUUGCUUUUAAAAGUCAGAGUAGAAAGCUUCUUCGAUGGCUGCUACCAGUGAGAGGUGGAUCGACCGCCUUCAAUAUUCCUCAUUGUUCUGGCAUCCCCCACAAGACUAUCAACAAAAAAAGGAUCAAAUUGCUGCAUAUGUUGAAUACUUCAUUCAGUUCACAUCAGAACAAUUUGCUGAUGAUAUUGCUGAGUUAAUCCGUAACCGCUAUCCAGCCAAAGACAUUCUUCUCUUUGAUGAUGUUCUGGCAACAUUUGUCCUCCAUCAUCCAGAGCAUGGGCAUGCAGUUGUUCUUCCAAUUAUUUCAUGUAUUAUUGAUGGUACACUAGUCUAUGAUAAGACUAGUUCUCCAUUCGCUUCUUUCAUAUCUUUAGUCUGCCCGAAAAAUGAGAAUGACUACUCAGAACAAUGGGCUCUGGCAUGUGGUGAAAUUUUGCGUAUUUUAACUCAUUAUAAUCGCCCCAUAUACAAACAUGUUGAAGCAGAAAGAAGCAGCAGUGGCAGUCAUGCCACAACUAGUGGCCCUGCUGAUGGGAAAUCUGAACAUAAUUCUUUGACACAGCAAGAGAAGAAACCUACCAGGCCCUUGUCCCCAUGGAUUUCGGACAUAUUGUUAGCUGCACCUGUAGGCAUUAGAAGCGACUAUUUCCGGUGGUGCAGUGGUGUUAUGGGAAAAUAUGCUGCAGGAGAACUCAAGCCUCCGUCAACUGCUGCUUCACGUGGUUCUGGGAAACAUCCUCAACUCGUGCCUUCCACUCCAAGAUGGGCUGUUGCCAAUGGUGCUGGUGUGAUAUUAAGCGUUUGUGAUGAUGAAGUUUCUCGCUAUGAAACUGCUAUUUUAACAGCAGCUGCUGUCCCUGCACUUUUGCUUCCUCCUCCAACAACAGCUCUGGAUGAGCAUCUUGUUGCUGGAUUACCAGCUCUAGAGCCAUAUGCACGUUUAUUUCAUAGAUAUUAUGCAAUUGCUACUCCAAGUGCUACACAAAGACUUCUUCUUGGACUGCUAGAAGCACCCCCAUCAUGGGCUCCGGAUGCACUUGAUGCUGCUGUGCAGCUUGUGGAGCUUCUUCGGGCUGCUGAAGAAUAUGCUUCUGGCAUCAGGCUUCCUAGAAAUUGGAUGCAUUUGCAUUUCUUGCGUGCAAUAGGGACUGCAAUGUCCAUGAGAGCUGGUAUAGCUGCUGAUGCUGCAGCAGCAUUGCUUUUCCGUGUACUUUCACAGCCUGCAUUACUUUUUCCUCCACUUAGGCAAGUUGACGGUGUUGAAGUUCAGAAUGGACCUUGUUAUAUUUCUUCCUACAAAAAGCAGAUAGAAGUUCCUGCGGCUGAAGCCUCUAUUGAGGCUACUGCCCAAGGCAUUGCUUCGAUGCUUUGUGCCCAUGGUCCUGAGGUUGAAUGGAGAAUUUGUACUAUUUGGGAAGCUGCUUAUGGCCUUAUUCCUACAAGUUCCUCAGCUGUUGAUCUUCCAGAAAUUAUAGUUGCAACUCCUCUACAACCUCCGAUGCUAUCAUGGAAUUUGUACAUACCCCUACUUAAGGUCCUGGAGUAUCUUCCUCGUGGAAGCCCAUCAGAAGCAUGUCUUAUGAAAAUAUUUGCUGCUACAGUUGAAGCUAUUCUUCAGAGGACAUUUCCACCUGAUUCCACUAGAGAACAAAACAGAAGAUCAAAGUACCUCUAUGGCAUUGGUUCGGCUUCUAAAAACCUUGCUGUGGCAGAACUUCGUACUAUGGUUCAUUCACUUUUCUUAGAAUCAUGUGCAUCUGUAGAGCUUGCUUCACGCCUACUUUUUGUUGUCUUAACUGUCUGCGUGAGUCAUGAAGUCCAAUUCAGUGGAAGCAAGAAGCCAAGAGGUGAAGAUAAUUAUUCGGCUGAGGAAAUCAUUGAGGACUUGCAAGCAAUAUCUGAAAGCCAGAAAGAAAGAAAAAAUAGGAAAGUGAAGAAGCAAGGUCCUGUAGCAGCAUUUGAUUCUUAUGUGCUGGCUGCUGUUUGUGCUCUUGCCUGUGAGCUUCAGUUGUUUCCUAUGAUUUCUCGGGGGAACAAUCAUUUAGUUUCCAAUAAUGUGCAAGAUAUAGCCAAGCCUGUUAGUCUCAACGGGUCUUCCCAUGAAUUGCAGAAUGGCUUAGAUUCAGCAAUACGCCAUACUCACAGAAUAUUAGCAAUUUUAGAGGCACUAUUUUCAUUGAAGCCGUCUUCUGUUGGCACCCCGUGGAGUUACAGCUCAAAUGAGAUUGUCGCAGCAGCAAUGGUUGCUGCACAUGUUUCUGAACUAUUCAGACGGUCAAAAGCUUGCAUGCAUGCUCUGUCUAUUCUGAUUCGGUGCAAAUGGGACAAAGAAAUUCACUCCAGGGCAUCAUCAUUGUAUAAUCUCAUCGAUAUUCAUAGCAAAGCUAUUGCAUCUAUAAUAAACAAGGCAGAGCCAUUAGAAGCAGCCUUAAUUCAUGCACCUACUUUGAGGGACUCCCUUGUUAGUUUCGAUAGUAAAAGAAAGAAUCAGUGUGAAAACAGUAGCUGCUUUGACCCUAUGCCGACUUCUAUUGCACCAUUGGAAGAUUCAGCCCCCUCUAAACCUAACCAUAAGUCUGAUAAAGCUCCAUGUUCAAAUGAAGCAGCAUCAGGGUGUACCUUGGGUAAAGAUUUCUCCUUGGAUGCUUCUGAUCUAGCCAACUUCCUCACUAUGGACAGGCAUAUAGGGUUGAAUUGCAAUGCACAAAUUUUUCUGAGAUCCACACUGGCAGAAAAGCAAGAGUUAUGUUUCUCUGUAGUUUCACUACUAUGGCAUAAAUUGAUUGCAUCCCCUGAAACUCAACCAUGUGCAGAAAGUACUUCUGCCCAACAGGGCUGGAGGCAGGUUGUUGAUGCAUUAUGCAAUGUUGUAUCGGCCUCACCAUUGAAGGCAGCUACAGCAGUUGUUCUUCAGGCGGAUAAGGACAUGCAGCCCUGGAUUGCAAAGGAUGAUGAUCUAGGUACUCAGAAGAUGUGGAGAAUCAAUCAGCGGAUCGUAAAAUUGAUAGUGGAACUAAUGAGGAAUCAUGAUAGUUCAGAGUCAUUGGUAAUUUUGGCAAGUGCAUCAGAUUUACUACUACGAGCCACAGAUGGGAUGUUGGUUGAUGGAGAAGCUUGCACUUUACCACAGCUGGAGCUAUUGGAAGCAACAGCCAGAGCAGUUCACCCAGUUCUUCAGUUUGGAGGAUCAGGAUUGGCAUUAGCAGAUGGCCUUUCAAACCUUUUAAAGUGUCGCCUUCCAGCAACUGUUAGGUGCCUUUGUCAUCCAAGUGCACAUGUCCGCACUCUGAGCAUCUCAGUUCUUCGUGACAUUCUGCAUACCGGUUCAACCAGGUGUAGUCCUAAAUCACAGCGAAUGAAUGGCAUCCACCAUCCCUCUUAUCAAUACUUCAAUUUGGAUGUCAUUGACUGGCUAGCUGACAUAGAAAAAUGCUUGACAUGGGAAGCUCACACACGACUUUCCAAUGGGUUGUCUAUUAACUUUCUUGACACUGCAGCCAAAGAGUUAGGCUGUACUAUUGCCGUAUGAAAAAUAUAAAUGACACCACCAUGUAGAACCAUCUUAUUCUGUGACAAUUUUUUACUAGACUUACAGAUAGAGAUGUUAUUUAUGCUUAUGGGACUAACGGGUUUGCUAAUAAGCAACAUCGUCAUCUGUUAAGAAGCCAAACUCAUGAUUCCACUUUGUUUAUAGAAAGAUCAUUGUGUUAUGCAUGUGCUGUACCUAAUUCUUAGUGAAACUUCACCAUCAACUUGCCAGUGACUGUGCUCUCAGUGGAACACACUUGUACAGUUCGGAAGACAAGGCUGUGACCAGGUCCUUUUUUUAUCCUUGUCUCAUUCUGUGUAAUGCUGAUUUAGCUUGUCAUGAAAUUCAGCUCUAAUAGUAUCAGCUCUGGCGGGUUUUUCUUUUCAUCUUUGUAGUUUUGUAAGACUUUGUAGUUAUGUGCUAUUUGUUUUCCAUUUGUAUGUGUAAUUACUUACAAUUUGUGGAGCUGAAUCAGUCAAUUCAUGAGCUUUAUUUCCUUUC